GGACGUCCAGGCCCAGAGCAACAUGAUGGACCUUUUCGAGACCAGCUCGUAUCUCUUCAGCGACCUGCGCUACCUGGACCCUGACCACGCCGUCGCCGGCCUGCAGCAGUUGGACGUCCCGGAGGUCUCUCCUCUGUACGACGGGAACGUCCCGAGCCCCGAGUCCCCCGAGCGGGACCAGGACGAGGAUGAGGACGACGAGGAGGAGCACGUCUUCGUCCCCACGGCGCUGAAGCCGCACUGCGAGGGUCAGUGUCUGAUCUGGGCCUGUAAGGUCUGUAAGAGGAAGUCGAGACCGACGGACCGGCGGAAAGCCGCCACGCUCAGGGAGAGGCGCCGGCUGAAGAAAAUAAACGAAGCCUUCGAGGCUCUGAAGAAGAAAACGCUGCCCAAUCCCAAACAGAGGCUCCCCAAGGUGGAGAUCUUACGCAGCGCCAUCAACUACAUCGAGAAGCUGCAGGAUUUACUGCACGAGCUCGACGAGCAGGACAAGAACGCCGAGAAACGGAACGGCAAACAGAACGACGUCGUUAGUGUCGAGUCUCGCUGGAAAAACAUGUGGCAGGAAAACACCGAUCAUUCCAGUGCAGAGUCGUCACAUCACAGAGAAGGUCGUGUGGCGGAGUCUCUGGCGUCCAGCAGUCUCCGGCGCCUGUCCUCCAUCGUGGACAGCAUCUCCAGCGACGACACCAAGACGAAUGAGGGGUGAUGAAUUCAUUUUGGGAAUGCGUGAAGAAGAGACGGCUCACAUUUCCAUUUUCUGUCUCCUCUGGAGUUUCAGCUCCGUCGUCCGUCCGUCUCUCUGUGUUCCGACCGCCGUUCUGCACCAGAUUCCAGAGAUUUAGUGAGAAUUCCUGCUUUUUUCCUGACGAUUCACUUGUACAUAUACUGGGAAAUAUUACUUUUAAAUAUUAAUGUUAAAGAUUUUAUAUUUAUGACUGAA